UAUGACCCCAGGGACGCUGCUGCUGCUGCUGCUGUUGCUGCUGGGGGCGCUACACACCCCGGGCGCCCGCGGCUCGGAAGCAGAGGGCCUCCUCCGCAAGAAGCUUUUCUCGGGCUAUGAUAGCUCGGUGAGGCCGGCGCGAGAAGUGGGAGACCGCGUCGGGGUCAGCAUCGGUCUCAGUCUGGCGCAGCUCAUCAGCCUGAACGAGAAAGAUGAGGAGAUGAGCACAAAGGUGUACUUAGACUUGGAAUGGAAAGACUACAGGCUGAGCUGGGACCCCACAGAGCACGAAGACAUCGAGUCACUGCGCAUCGCCGCCGAGUCUGUGUGGCUUCCGGACGUAGUGCUCCUAAACAACAAUGAUGGAAAUUUUGACGUCGCGCUGGAUAUUAACGUCGUGGUGUCCUCUGACGGCUCCGUGCGCUGGCAGCCCCCGGGCAUCUAUCGUAGCAGUUGCAGCAUUCAGGUCACCUACUUCCCCUUCGACUGGCAGAACUGCACCAUGGUGUUCAGCUCCUAUAGCUAUGACAGCUCAGAGGUCAGCCUGCAGACUGGCUUGGGUCCUGAUGGGCAGGAGAGGCAGGAAGUGCACAUUCAUGAAGGGACCUUCAUUGAGAAUGGCCAAUGGGAGAUUAUCCACAAACCUUCUCGGCUAAUCCAGCCUCCAAUGGAUCCUAGGGGAGGUGGGGAAGGACGGCAUCGUCAAGAAGUCAUCUUCUACCUUAUCAUUCGCCGGAAGCCUCUCUUCUACCUGGUCAAUGUUAUUGCCCCAUGCAUCCUCAUCACUCUCUUGGCGAUCUUUGUCUUCUACCUUCCACCAGAUGCAGGAGAGAAGAUGGGGCUUUCCAUCUUUGCCUUGCUGACCCUUACUGUGUUCCUGCUGCUGCUGGCAGACAAAGUGCCUGAGACCUCCCUAGCAGUCCCCAUUAUUAUCAAGUACCUCAUGUUUACCAUGGUCCUCGUCACCUUCUCAGUCAUCCUUAGUGUUGUAGUCCUCAACCUGCACCACCGCUCACCCCACACCCACCAGAUGCCCCUUUGGGUCCGACAGAUCUUUAUCCACAAGCUCCCUCUGUACCUGGGUCUGAAGAGGCCCAAACCUGAGAGAGACCAGAUGAUGGAGCCACCACCUCUAGCUCUCAGGGAUUCUCUAGGAAGUGGCUGGGGUCGGGGAACAGAUGAAUAUUUCAUCCGGAAGCCACCGAGUGAUUUUCUGUUCCCCAAACCCAGCAGGUUCCAGCCUGAACUCUCUGCCCCAGACCUGAAGCGGUUUUUCGACGGCCCAAACCGGGCUGUGGGCCUGCCUCCUGAGCUACGGGAAGUCGUUUCCUCCAUCAACUACAUCGCUCGACAGUUGCAGGAACAGGAGGAUCACGACGCGCUGAAGGAAGACUGGCAGUUUGUGGCGAUGGUAGUGGACCGCCUCUUCCUGUGGACCUUCAUUAUCUUCACCAGUGUUGGGACCCUAGUCAUCUUCCUGGAUGCAACAUACCACUUGCCCCCCGCUGACCCCUUUCCCUGAGGACCAGAGAGAGAGAGAGACCCACGCUCUGGUCAGUUGAGUGGAGUUGGGCAGUACUCUCAAGUGCUAUUCCUUUCUGCCUAUACUUCUUCUCUAGGAAUCCCAUCCCCUCCACACUGCCUUUCAGGGAGGGCAUGUGAGUGGGGGUCUUGGGCCCACCUGAAAUACACACUAUGAGCUUAUUUACUCUUUGGCUUUUUAAAAGAAGCUCUUUUGGAUAUCAACACUUAAAUCUCCAAUGAAAUAUAACAAAGAACAACUAAGCCUUAGGAAGGCAGGAACUGUGUCAUGUUCACUGUAACAUCACUGACGCUACUAUAGGCCCUGAACUAGAAAUGUUUCGCACUAGCUGAAUCACAGGGCAAAAGUGUUCUCCCUCCACCCUGAGUUAAUAAUGCUAUAUUUGCAUGUUGGGACGAGUUAUGUUUUCCCCCUCCUUUUUUUACCUUUCCAUAAUAAUGUGAUGUUUUGUGAUGAGUAUUACUUUAGGAUAAAAAAGGUCAUUUCUAAAAGGAUGUAUUUGUAAUGAGAUGGGGGAGGAAGCACAUUUUAAAAACCUCCAUUCAAGUUCCAGCUUUGGUGCUCACACUUUGGGCAAGUCACUAAACUCCACUGUGCCUAUGUGUCCACAUCUGUAAGUGAAGCUACUUAGUCUGAAGAUUGUGUGAAAAUAUGGGGCAAGUGCUAUGAAGUUUUUAUCAAAGGUUGCAAACUAGUAUUUUUUGACAAGUUAUUGGCUUGCAGUUUUUUCGAUUUGAGUUAGUUCACUACUUUAAAAAACUGGAUAUUUCACAGAGAAAUCUGGAUUUCUUUUCUCAAUAAAUUCCAAAAACUUCAGCAACACUGGGUCCGAUUCCCUGUUGGCAGUAAAGCACUAGAGCUGAUUAGUGGCUGCCCACUCUUGUUAGGGUGUUUAUGCCAGAAUUUCUCUAAGCUCCCAUCUACUGACAUUUUAUCUGCUCAUCCAUAACACCAGAGAAAAUACAGGGAAGAGGGGCCAGGUUUUGAAACCAAAGCGGGGGCUGGGAAUAGAAAAAGAAAGGUCACUGUGUCCACUCUGGCUAUCACAUGUUUUAUGCCUCAGUUUCCCUUCAGUUUGAAGAAAAGGUUGCACUUCGUUUAAAGCAGUCUUUCUGGGACAGAGCUCUUGUGCCCAGCGGCCUCUAUGUACUGGACUGUUAAUGUUUCUGUCUAGAGGUCACACUAAAGUCAGCUUGAGCCCAGUGGCUGCAGCAGUUAAAGUGAAGUAGGAUUAACCAGGUCUCACACCUAGUCAAUUUUUAGAAGUAGUUGUUCUAAGAGGGAGAAUAGGGCUACCAU